AUGUCUACUUUCUUUCUUUCUUUCUUUUUCCUCUUCUUUCUUUCUUUCUUUCUUUCUUUCUUUCUUUCUCGCCUUUCCGCUAUUCUUCCCUCUUUGUUUCGUUCUUUCAUUUGUCUUUCUUUCUUUAUUCCAUUUUCUUUCUUUCUUUUUUUUAUCUUUUCCUCUUCUUUUCUUAUCUUUUUCUUUCGAACCUUUUUUCUUUGCCUUUGCCCUCUUUCUUUCUCUUCGUCGUUUCUCCUUUUCUUUUCUCCAUUUACUUUUGAUCUCCCACUUCUUUCUUUCUUUUUCUCCCUUUCUCACUUUCAUUCUUUCUUAAAAAAAGAUCAUUUUUGUUUUACUUUCCGUCUUCCUUGUCUUUUUUUAUCUUUCUUUCUUUCUUUCUUUCUUUCUUUCUUUCUUUCUUUCUUUCUUUCUUUCUUUCUUUUUCUUCCUUUUCUCACUUUCAUUCUUUCUUUCUUCUCCUGCAGUUUUUGUUUUACUUUCCGUCUUCCUUGUGUUUUUUAUCUUUCUUUCUUUCUUUCUUUCUUUCUUUCUUUCUUUCUUUCUUUCUUUUUCUCCCUUUCUCACUUUCAUUCUUUCUUUCUUUUCCUGCAGUUUUUUUUCCAUCUUCCUUGUCUUUUUUUUAUCUUUCUUUCUUUCUUUCUUUUCUUUUCUCCUUUAAAUAACUUUCAUUUUUCUUUCUUUUCUCCUUUUUUUUUUGUUUUCUUUUCCGUCUUCCUUGUCUUUUUUAUCUUUCUUUCUUUCUUUCUUUCUUUCUUUCUUUCUUUCUUUUUCUUUUCCCCCGUUCAUCUUUUCUUUAAAUCCAUUUAA